AUGAACGCAGCGCUCGUCCUCAUCAUCGCUCUCUGGGCGUCCCCUCUGGCGGCCUUCGACCUGGGCCAGUCCACCCGGUGCGUGGCCAUCCCCCACCAGAUGAAGGUGUGCAAGGAUGUGGGUUACUCCGAGAUGCGCCUUCCCAACUUUUUGGGCCACAGCAACCUGGAAGGGGAGGUGGUUCCUCGCUCGGAGGACUGGAGGCCGCUGCUGCAGACGGGCUGCCAUCCUCAGGCCCAAGCCUUCCUCUGCUUACUCAUCGCUCCCGUCUGUCUCGACACAUUCAUCCAGCCCUGUCGCAGCCUGUGCGUGGCUGUGAGGGACAGCUGUGCCCCCGUGCUCGCCUGCCAGGGUCACCCUUGGCCAGAAGCACUUGACUGCGAGCGCUUCCCCACCGAGGAGGACACCUGCUUGUCUCCUCACGCCAAGUUCAGCCACUUUGCUAAAGAUUUGCCCAAAGCGGGGUGUCAGAACUGCCCCACAGUGGUAGAAGCUCCUGCCAUGAGAACAGUCCUGGAUGCUUUUUGCCAGCAUGACUUUGCCGUCAGCGCCAAGCUGCACCGCCGCCGCCUCCUUACCGGCGACCCCGAGUUUGAGGUGGAAGGCCGGGUGGAGUUCAUCCGCCAGGGCCCCUUGUUGCCGUACGACACCCACCACCUCCUCCACCAAUGGCUGCUCAUCAACCUGCCCUGCUCCAACGCUCUGGUGCGGCCCGGCCGCUCUCAACUCUACGUGCUGACGGGCUCCGUGCAGGCGGACGGCAUCCUCGCCAUCACUCGCCUCUUCCCCUGGCACAGGAAGGAUGCAAACAUCGCCAUGGCAACACGCAAGUGGAAGCGUCACAGAUGUCAAGUUUGAGUUUUUUUAGGGGGGAAAACUUGACUAGUUUAAGCGCUAGUCUCACUUCUGCUCCUAUAGCACACUGAAAUAGAACGCACU